GGCUUCUUACCUGCUUGGCAUAGGCCGCGGCCUCUUGCUGGUCCCACCUCCUUCUGGCACUCUGACCCCGCGAGUGGAGGAGCCCGGGACAGGGCACGGUUCUGAUUGGAGAACGGGCGCGAUUAGAGACUCCCGUCUCCCCAAGCGCGCACGGUUAGCCCCGCCUCUUUAAUGCGGUUGGUUGCCCGCCUCCUGUCGGUCAGAGGCCCGCGUGUGCCUUCGGGUUGGUUUCGCAGGGCCUCAGCGUCAGCUCGGCUGUCAACUGCGACGGUGCCGCGGCCUUUUAGGUGGAAGAUGCCGAAAAGCAACUUCGCAGAGCCCAGCGACACAAGUGAGGGACAGGUGUCUGGUGCUCAAGUCAUCGCCCAGGCCCUGAAAACGCAAGGUGUGGAGUACAUGUUUGGCAUUGUAGGCAUCCCAGUAACCGAAAUCGCCUUUGCUGCCCAGGAACUGGGCAUCAGGUACAUCGGGAUGAGGAAUGAGCAAGCGGCUUGUUAUGCUGCCUCUGCGAUUGGAUAUCUGACGGGCAGGCCGGGAGUAUGCCUUGUUGUUUCUGGCCCAGGUCUUAUCCACGCCUUGGGUGGUAUGGCAAAUGCAAACAUGAACUGUUGGCCCUUGCUUGUGAUUGGUGGUUCCUCUGAAAGAAAUCAAGAAACGAUGGGAGCUUUCCAGGAGUUUCCUCAGGUUGAAGCUUGUAGAUUAUAUAGCAAGUUCUCUGCCCAGCCAGCCAGCGUAGAAGCUAUUCCUUCUGUUAUUGAAAAGGCAGUGAGAAGCAGUAUCUAUGGCCGUCCCGGUGCUUGCUAUGUUGACAUACCUGCAGAUUUUGUGAACCUCCUGGUGAAUGUGAAUUCUAUAAAGUACACGGAGUGCUGCAUGUCACCUCCUGUUAGCAUGGCAGAAACCUCUGCUGUACAUAUGGCAGCAUCUGUUAUUAGGAAUGCCAAACAGCCUCUUCUUAUCAUCGGGAAAGGUGCUGCUUAUGCUCAUGCAGAGGAGAAUAUCAGGAAAUUGGUGGAGCAGUGUAAAUUGCCAUUUUUGCCCACCCCUAUGGGAAAGGGUGUGGUCCCUGACAACCAUCCAAACUGUGUAGGUGCAGCCAGAUCCAGGGCUUUGCAGUUUGCUGAUGUAAUUGUGUUACUUGGUGCCAGACUAAAUUGGAUUUUACAUUUUGGACUGCCUCCAAGAUACCGGCCAGAUGUGAAGUUUAUCCAGGUUGAUAUCUGUGCAGAAGAAUUGGGGAAUAAUGUAAGGCCUGCUGUGACUUUGCUAGGAGACAUAAAUGCUGUCACUAAACAGCUUUUGGAAGAAUUUGAUAAAAUAUCAUGGCAGUAUCCUCCAGAGAGCAAGUGGUGGGAAACUCUGAGGGAAAAAAUGAAGAGCAGUAAAGCUGCAUCUCAGGAAUUAGCUUCCCAAAAAUCCCUGCCUAUGAAUUAUUAUACAGUAUUCUACCAUGUUCAAGAACAACUACCUAGAGACUGUUUUAUUGUAAGUGAAGGAGCAAAUACAAUGGACAUUGGACGUACUGUGCUUCAAAACUACCUUCCCCGUCACAGACUUGAUGCUGGUACUUUUGGAACAAUGGGAGUUGGUUUAGGAUUUGCUAUUGCAGCUGCUGUACUGGCUAAAGAUAGAAGCCCUGGGCAGCGGGUCAUCUGUGUGGAAGGAGACAGUGCGUUUGGCUUUUCUGGCAUGGAGGUGGAAACUAUCUGCAGGUACAACUUGCCGAUCAUACUCUUGGUGGUGAAUAAUAAUGGAAUUUACCAAGGUUUUGAUACAGAUACUUGGAAAGAAAUGGUAAAAUCUCAAGAUGCUACUAUAGUGGCCCCUCCAGCAUGUCUUCUGCCAGACUCUCAUUAUGAGCAGGUCAUGAUUGCAUUUGGAGGCAAAGGAUAUUUUGUACAAACACCAGAAGAACUCCAAAAAUCCCUGACUCAAACCCUAGCAGACACAACUAAACCCUCUCUUAUCAACAUCAUGAUUGAGCCAAGAGCCACACGGAAGGCCCAGGAUUUUCACUGGCUGACAAGCUCUAAAAUGUAAAUAAAGGUGCCAGUGGGUGGUCUUGAGUUUUCUCUUUCCUGCAAGAUGAAAUUUUAUUUUCUGCAGCAAAAUUACUAUAAUGUUAAAAUUGUACAAGAAAAAUAAAAAACAUUUUUAAAUGA